UUGCUACGCAGCGAGAGUUCAAUGAAUACUUCUGCGGUGGUGCUGGGGCAGGCUGCUGACCCGGGCACGGUUCUUGCCGGAGAAGGUAACACCGAGUGGCAAACGUUACACUGCAGCAAAGAUGCGCUGACGGAUUUGUUCGGUUGGUUCCUGCAAGGCAUACUGGCCACACUCGCCUUUACCUGCCUUAUCGCUAAACGCUUCUGUGAACCUCAGUACAAUCGACGAUCCUGGGAAACCUGGUGGUACGAUACAUCCAAACAGGGCAUCGGUGCCUUGGUAAUCCACAUGGCCAACGUUUACUUGGCACCCUUAUUUCAAGGAGAUCCCUGUACCUGGUACAUUAUCAACUUCCUGUUAGACUCCACGAUCGGAUUGUUCAUUAUUUACAUCGGCAUUAAAACCUGUCAGUAUUUAGCGCGGAAGAAGAAAUGGGAUGCCAUCAACUUUGGUGAAUAUGGUGCACCAAAAUCUUGGUUAUAUCAAACGUGUAUCUACGUAUGUCUGAUGGUGGUCGUUAAGCUUAUAACGACACUAAUCAUUCAGUUCGAUGUGUGGGACAAUGUGAAAAACUUUGUACUGUCACCGUUCAAAGAUCCACGGAUAGAGCUAGCGGUUGUGAUGCUUGUUAUACCGUUCUUCGUGAAUAUUCUUAUCUUCUGGGUAACGGAUAACUUCCUGAUGAGACACACGCGCAAGAAGCGCAACACAGCGGCCGGCAGCUCGCAUCACGCUCACGGCCGUGAGCACAGUUUGCUGCAAAAAGUAAAAUACAAAAUGAUACACAAAACCAAACCAAAUGACUCAGAAUCUGAUACUCUUUUGUCAGGCGAUGAAGAAAUUUUAAGCUUCAGUGCGCCCAACGGCGGUGGUGGUGGUGUUGGCCACAGUUUUGUCAGUAGCCGAUCAGUGAUGGGACGCCACUACCAUCACCAAACCCAUCAAGCUCCUUUCCAUCAUCAACAUCACACAUAUCUGCAGACGACGUCGAUAGCAGCAGACGGAGCGUCAUCAAUGCCGGCGGCUGCAGGCGUCGGCAGUGGCGGUGGAGGUGGCUCCUCCUCCUUAUUAACCCCACUAGACAUGGACACGGCAAUCAUACUGACCUCCACGCGGACAUCACCCGGUCCCACGAACCGGCAAAGCACAGUUCAACAGCGCACCAGUGUCAUUAACAUUUAAGA